GCGUUGUCAUUUUCAAGUAGCAAAACAAAUGAGAGCAGUGGAUCAACCUCUUUAUAUCCAGUCUAUGGGAUAAACAGCAUGGAAGGAAACGUUUCCAAUGCUAAUUGUAGCCCUCUGCCGCUCUCCGCUCUCAGACUCCUGGUCCCGCCCAUCAGACUGGUGUCAGCAGCCAUGUGGCAGACCGUCCAGCAGAAAGUUGUGGCUGAUUAUGGGAUGCUGGAGGAGUUUGUUUCCAUGGUUACAGACAUUGUUCCAGAGCUACUCACCCCCUCUGAGAAAGUCCAGCUGAUCCUGGGGCUGAGAGCACGGCUCCUUCUGGAGUUGUGUCGGAGUGAAGCUGCUGCUGACGCUGAGCUGCUUCAGACACACCUGGACAGAGUGCAGACGCUAAUCCAGACAUGGGUUAUGAAUGCUGGUGCUGCAACUAUGGAAGUGGCACACUUAGACUUUGUGGAGUUGGUUAAAAAGUUGCUGAAAAAUCCAGAUGAGAGGGAAAACUUCUUUCAGAACGUUUUCCCUGAAGAGUUUGGUCCCUCAUAUGAUGAUGCUCUGACCUCCUUGAUGUUGAUGUUUCUGUCCAGACUCGAACAGUUUCUUCCUCUUCAAACCUUCCAACAGGUUGCCUCCAUGUUUGGUGAGGUGUCCUUAGCUGUGGAUGAGUGUUUGGACCCUGUCUCUCAACACGAGGAGUUCAGAACGCUGCUGCAGUAUCACAAAGACCUCAGACAGCUGGACUACAACUAUGGCUCUCUGGAGGGCACCUUCAUUAUUUCAGCCCUGAAGCUUCCUACUGUAGAAAGAAACGAGACGGAUAAAGCACAAACCAAAACCCUGGAUAAUGUGCUCUCAUGUUCUUCAGAUUUAGAGAAGGAAUCUCUGACGUUGUCUUCUACAACACAGAUGAAAAUAAAAGAAACAAAGAGUAAGAUAAUAGUUGAAAGUGACACACAGGUGCUUUUGGAAAUGAUUGAAAAAGAAAAUCGACUAGAAGACGCUCCUGGCCUCCUGAAACAGUGUCACGUUCAGCUGGAGCGACUGGACGCGCCGCUGCGUUCUCCGUCUCGACCUGUGAGGAAGAACAGAGGCACCAGGAUGAAAAAGAUCCUGCUGGAGGAGAAAAAAGCUCUUGGUGAAGAAACACUCACCGCCUCCAAAUCCAGGAGGACAAAACCCUCCGAUUGGUCUCUUUUACACGUCUCAGACAACGAGGAAGACGACUCGUACAUGGCUCCUAUUAACAACAGCAGCGAGGAAGACUCCUGGUCUUACUACUCUGAUAAAUCUUCUCAUAGUCUGGCUGAUUCAUGGAGCAGCUACUCAGCCGACGGGUCUUUCUUUGGGACUCCGGUCUGUAGUCCGACUCACGGUGAUUCGUUGUCUAGCGGCUCAAAUGAAGCCCCCGAUUUUCUACGGUCUAAGAACGAAUCGGCGAUCUGCAGACAGAAGGACGUCUCAAACAAUAAACCAAGCGCUCCCAAAAAGACUCCAGGAAAACUGAAGAAAUUCCUGUGUUUAAUCUGCAAGCAGCACGUGGAUCGAGGCCUCAGAUCUCACAUGAAGACCCAUUUCCCCAACGAGGACUACGCCUGCCCCCAAUGCGACAGCCGCUUCCACCUCUUUUCUUCUUUUAAGCUGCAUUUAAGCAGAACCUGCUUCGAGUGCGGGAAGCAGCAGGUGGACAUGCAGAAGCCCGAAGACGCCAAGGGGCUGUACAGGUGCGACCAAUGCGACGAGGCGUUCAGGUACAAGGUCUCGCUCGCACGGCACAAACUGACCCACAACGAGCUCUACUGCAGCGUGUGUCGGAGGGUUUUGCAGGACGCCGCUUCGCUAGCGAGGCACAAAGCUUCUCACACGCUGUUCCAGUGCAUCCGCUGCGAGGACACCUUCCCUCAUUUCAGGCCCCUGGUGAAACACUGCGAGAACGUGCAUAAAAUCAGCCGGCCGUUCAAGUGCAACUACUGCACCAAAGUCGUGUCCCAGCUGCGGUUUUUAAUCCCGCACGAGUGGAAACACACGGGGCACCUGCCCUUCCAGUGCGCUCAGUGCGGCCUGAGGUUCAGAAACGACGGAGAUCUCACGUCCCACCAGAGAGUCCACACCAGAGAGAAACCCUUCCUGUGCGCAGAGUGCGGGAAAACCUUCGCCCAGAAGUCCAACCUGCUGCGCCACCUCAAUCUAAUCCACGGCGAGUCCCGAAACAAGAAGAACCACUCCUGCAGCGAGUGUGAGAAGUCGUUUAAAGAGAAAGGAGCUCUGAAGAAACACCAGCGGACCAAACACUUGAAGGAAUUGUUCCGUCACCCGUGUCCGUACUGUGGGAAGAUGCUCUCCUCGUCUACGAUCUCCAGGCAUAAAUUAAUUCACACGGGAGAGAGACCUUUUAAAUGCACCAUACCUGAAUGUGACAAACACUUCAGAUCAAACCCGGAAGUGAAGAAGCACGUCCUGUUACAUCACACGACAGAGAGGCCUUAUAAAUGUGACGUUUGUGGAAAAGGCUUUAUUAAGAUGUGUUAUCUCAACACACAUGCUAAGACACAUUCAGGAGAGAAACCCUUUGUUUGUCAUAUCUGCGGCAAGGCUUUCCCCAGAGUCCACAGCAUGAGAAGACACAAGAAACUUGUACAUACAUUUGUUACGAAUUAACCCAUUGAAGCCUGGAAAGCGUUUACGUUGUUUUGUAGUAUUUGUAUAAGCUCUCAAAUACUUUUUGAAUUUCAUUUCUAUCUGCUACAGAGGCUGAAAAAUCUAUUAUUUAGUAGAAGCGUUGACACUUCUGUUGAAUUUCCAGAAAAACUUCAGGUUUUAGGGGCUUAUUUUAAAAUCGCCCAGAGGUUUUACAGGAAGUUUUAGGCGUCAAUGGGUUAAAGGGAUAAUUCAGGAUUUUCGACAUUAACCCUUUGGAGUUUGGGGCUAUUUUGUUGGUUUUUGACUCUUUUUUUAAAAUCUGCCUGUAUAUGCAACUUAAAUAAUGAUCACCAUGCCAUGCUGGUAUCAGCUUUUUCAGCAGAACCUCAACUGAUUAUUAUUUUGUCAUUUUGACUUACUGGAUCAAUAUUUUGAAACACAAAAAACACACAAAAUACACUUCUUUUUCUUUUCUUUUUUUUUUUUUUUUACAAAAAUCACACAAACACACAUAAAAACACACAGAGACACACCAAAAAUGACCAAAAAAAAAAGAUUAUUAUUAUUAUGUGAUUUUGACUUACUGGAUCAACAUUUUGAAACACUGAAAACACACAAAAAAAUAUACAAAAAACACGUUAAAAAACAAAAUACGUACACAAAAUUACAAAAACACAAUUUUUU